AUGCCCUUCAGAAAAGAUCUAGUAGAAAGACGAGUCUCUUUCUACGUUGGAAGCCAACCCAAACAACCAACAUCAAAUGCACUUGCUGAGGACGAGCAGACAGAUGGAAGAUCAAACAAGACCAGACGGAUGCAAGACCAGAGACGCAAGUCUAUAACUGUAAAAAGGCCGUUGACCUCUUCCAAGAUACGAGAGAUUAGUUUAUCGACGCAGUGGUUGCCGGUCCAGCCCCUGCAGACUCUUCAAGAUCAAGCUGCUGCAAACUCUGAGCUCGCCAACAAUAGUUCUAGUGCUCAUUCAGAGCUCGCCAACAAUGGUUCUAGUGCUCAUUCCACUAGCAGUUUGAUUCUACAAUUUGGCCUGUAUCAAGUCAAGUAUGUCCCCUUCCAACAAAAAGGUCUUAAAAGUGUGAUUGACCUCCCAACCAAGAAGUACCGAGGGUCUGCAACGGUGUCGACUCUGGAUGCUAAAGGGAUCUGUCUAUGGAACAAUGCCAUGUCACACCUUGUCAGUCGUGUGGCCUUUGCAUCGAAAAUACGGUCUAACCGUGAGGGAUUACAAGCGUUUUCGAAAUGGACGUAUUCUAGUGUCGCAGAAUGCUUCAUUGUUGGAGGAGAUUCACCAGACUUACGUGUGCUGGACUUGGACUUUGUAGAACGAGCUAGCAUUGUCACCAACCGCAAUAUUCUUUGCCUCCUGUACAUUGAGUCUCGAAAUGAAGUCGUGGCUGGUGAAAUUGGCGGAAUACACGUAUAUAGUCUGAUCAAACGAAUAUCGAAAUCCAAGAAUGCCACAUUCGAUUUGAGAGUCCGAUUAGAUAUUCGAGACCUGAGAGCUGAUGAUUGGGUGUCUAAUGUUGCAUACGAUGAAACACUGCUCAAACUCUUUGGCAUGAGUGAAACUGGAAUCAUCAUCUACGACAUGGAAUUAGGAAUCCGAACGCACACACUAAAACUCGAGCCACUCGAAGUUGGAGUAUCGGUAGCAUUUUAUCCUCCUCUCGAAUAUCUCGUUACUGGAUCCAGAGACGGCAGGGUGCGAGUUUGGAAUUCUCGGCUAAAGCCCCUCCACGAAUUACGAGGACACACGCACCAAAUAUCCAGCUUGGCCCUCAUGGAGAAAACCGACGUCAGUCCUUCCAGCUGGGGAACAUUGCCUGUGUGCAUAUCUUCAUCAUGGGAUGGUUCAAUUCGACUGUGGCAAAUAGAGACAGGCGAAUGUUUGCAAAGAAUCGACGUCGGACAACCCGUUCUGCAAAUGUCUUUUAUGUCACCCGAUGUACUUGUGAGCGUCACUGACGAUGCCAUACAGCAUUUUGGUAUUGGAAGGCAUCGUCUCUUCUUUUCGCAACUUGGAUCAACACCAACCAUCUUACGCCGAAUAAACUCUCUGCCUCCUCGGAUUCUAUGUGCAACAGUCGAUGGAGCCAUUCGAUUCAUUUCUCCAGUGUCUGGACAGACACUGUCCAUAGGCUUUCCUUCGCUCGCCAAUGUUGUGUUUACGAGUCUAGAAUACGAUCCAACACGAAGACGGAUCUACGCAUUCUCAAGUCAGUCAUGCUUUGUGUAUAGUGUUGCGACCAAUCCUAUGACGAUCGUGGCGGAGCUAAAGACAUCACCUGACCAUACCGUAUUCUGUGGAGUCUUCAAUUCAUAUAAUCAAACAUACUUUGAGCUGUUAUCUGGAUCUCGAGAUGGCAAGAUCGAGAGACUUGAUGUGGAUGCUAACUUUCAAAGUCAGAGGCUGGCACUAGCCCAUGCUGGUCCUCUUUCCAUUUUGACCUUUGAUUCAACAAACAACCAUCUUGUAUCUUACGGCAGUGAUCUGGCAAUAAAGAUCUGGGAACCCGUUAUGAGUCAAAGCAAGGACGGAAUUUCAUCUAUUUCAGGCCUUUCGCUACUACAAGUGGUUUCACUUCCUAUCAGCCUCACAUCCCGUAUAUCAUGCCUAAAUCCCGCAACGAAAUCCAUAAUAUGUGAGAUUCACGGGCACUUGAAUGUCUUUGGUCUCACACCUGAAAAUCAAGAGAAACUAGUACUGCAAGAUCAUGCAACAACGCUUCCAUCAAAGGCGGUAGACUGUCUGUCAUUAUAUGGUUGUUAUGCUUCAGUUUCAGAAGAUGGCGCCGUGAAAGUUUGGGAUCAUUCUGAUGGAUCUAUGGUUCGAGAGGUUCAAAUUGGCGCAAAGUCACAGACAAUGUGCUUUGCAAAUGAGAGGGGAGAUCUUCUUGUCGGGACUGAACAAGGGAUAUCUAUUGUAAGGUGUCAGGAAUAUAUGCCUCCUCAUCUAAUUAGAAAGAUAUUGGAUCUUGGACCCAAAGAUGAUUCUCUCGAGUCGCUCUUCCCAUUUUCCGAUGAUGCAGAUCUGUGGCACUAUAUCGAAGAGCGAGAGGUUUACGAAAGUUCUGGAAGAGUGAGUAAAGUCGGUUCAUCUAGUCAGUGGUCAAGGCCAAGCUCUGCUACCCCGUUAUCUAGUUCGUCGUGUCGUCUGCCAACUAGACGGGAACUCCAGCAUCGUCGAAUGAGAGAAACAAACGAAGCCGAAUUCAUUAAUCGAGAAACUGCAGUCUUUCGACGUGGACAAUCUCUGGGGCUUCCAAACCCAUUCACAGAAGCUAAUCCAGCACAUUCAUGGCAAAUCAAUAACGAAAAUCCAACUCGAGAUGUGGAUACGAUUAUGGUUGAGAAUGUUGAGUUGGGAGUAUCUACUACGGACUUGUGUGUGGAGGUUGAUGUUGUUAGUGAGGAGAGACCAACAUCAGCAGCAGCUACGAUUAGCCGUCACUCUGUAGUUCAAGCUGCCUUUGCAGACCCUGAAUACUCUCUAGAUCCAACUCUACCAACAGCAACAGUAUCAACCAAAAUCGCCUCUCGUGUAAAACCUCGCAAAAAGAUGACAAAGGAGCAAAUUGCAGAAACCCACAAACGUCGAGAAGCACUUCGACUAGCCUUACAAAGACAAGGCUACAACCUUCCGAACUCGUUAGCACUGGAACGGGGCGUUGCUAGUGCAACGACACGAGGUAGACCAGGAUACCAGCGUCCCAUAAGAGCUCACCAAGAUCCAGACGCUAUCUUGCAAUGGGAAGACGAACAAUUUGAAAUGAAGCCAUUGUUCAAUGAUGAUCUUGGUUCUGAAUACGAGGAGGAUGAUGGUGGUGAUACCGAUUCUUCUAACUCGUCGGAAGGGACACCGUCUGAAGCGUCAGAGGAUUCGAAUAAGGUUGAGCGACGAGUACCAGUGUUACCACCUAUUCAAGCCCCCACGACACAAGCCUCCAUAUCAAACAACGAAGUGGCUCCCACAAUAGCUUUUGUAGUGAAUGGACGGGAUUCGACGUUAGAGCCGUUAACCAAAGUAGACCAAAAAGCAGCGGAAGCGUACACAUGGGAUUUAAUGAAACAAGCAGAUCUAACUGGCAAAAACCGUGACGAAACCCUUCAUAAAGUGACUGAACAGUCCUGGUUUCCCGGGUUGGGCUCAUUGGCAUUCACCUUAUUCAACAUUAUCAAGGUCGUAGUCCAAGUGUUACUUCAUGCCGACAAAUGGGAAGAUCGCUGUGAAGCAUCCAAAGCACUUUUAUACCUAUCUGCGACAUUCCGAGAUGAUGUCAAAGAUCCAGUGCGAGAGUUUAUUCAACCGACACUCGAAGCUAUGGCUGAUGAAUCGACGCAUUGGAAGGUGCGAGCUACAUGCUGUGCUCAUAUACUGGCGUUUGGGAUAUGGUCGGCUGAGGUGAUUGCUGCUCUUAUUGGGCGGCUGCAAGACUCUGAAGAGAAAGUGAGAGAAAUUGCUGUCAAGGCUCUCAUCAAGAUUGGGAUUAAUACUACGGAUGCGUUACGAGCUACGCUGGAACGGUUGGGUGCUCGUCAUUUAAAUCCAAAUCUGGAUAUAUGUUCUACUUAUGUGCCUUUGGAUAUCUUGCUCGCAAAAAUCUCACGAGAAAAGCUCGAUCAUAAACUGGACGAGACAAAUCCAGAUGUUGAACGAUGGAUUAGAACAGUACCAGAUUUCUCUCCAACCGGAUUGUCUCGACAAGCUAGUUACUAUGAGCACUUGGCAGGUUACUUCUUCAAGGACGACAAACGACAAGUCAUCUUGCCAGAGUACUUGACUAGCAGCGCUACCUACCGAAGCAGUGCUCGUGGUCGAGAAGAUGAAACAGCCGGUCUCAACGCUCAACCUCUCUCACGCCCAGAAACAGCAUACGUGUUAUCACGACCAGGAACUCAGUCUGAUAUAGUCCGGGUCAUGAAAGCUACUGGACCUUCACGACCAUCAACAGCAAGGUUUUCAAGACCUGGUACGGCUUUUACUGGUUGCUCGACAUCCAGUUCUCGUGCUACGACAGCCAAGGCACUGUCUCGCCCAACGACGAGAGAAAACCACCGUCCGUUUUCACCUGACUGGUCUGCGAAAUAUCAUCCAUCAGCAAUUGAAAGACGGGAAAGUGGGUUCAUAAUGUAG